AGAGACGACCAGAGGUCAGAGCUGGCUCCUGGACUGGAUAGGAGUGACUUUGUGGAAGAUGGCAUGCCAGUUUCCUCACCAAGGUGACAAUAACAGGGGCUCCUAAAAAGCUAGCCUAGUAUCUUCAUUUUGGGGGGGACUGAAACACAUGAUCUUCAGUUCCUCAGAGAAGUGAAAGUAGCGAAGAGGAAUCCAGUCAUUCCUGUUAUCCACAGGCUUUAUAAGUCGAGUGUGCUGGGAGGUGGCAGAAGCCGGCACUCCCAGCACUGCUGUCUUCUCACCCAGCCUGGAGCCUGAGUAGUGCCAGGAUGUCCCUGAGUCUGUCCAGCCUGCUGCUUCUCCUCCUCACCUUCCACAGUGCGCUGGCCCUGAGGCUCUGCUCCUUCAACGUGCGGUCCUUUGGGGAAAGCAAGAAGGAAAACCAAAAUGCCAUGGAUGUCAUUGUAAAGGUCAUCAAACGCUGUGACAUUAUACUCUUGAUGGAAAUCAAGGACAGCAACAACAUGAUCUGUCCCAUGCUGAUGCAGAAGCUGAAUGGAAAUUCGAGGAGAGGCAUAACAUACAGCUAUGUGAUUAGCUCUCGUCUUGGAAGAAACACAUAUAAAGAACAGUAUGCCUUUUUCUACAAGGAAAAGCUGGUGUCUGUGAAGGAGAACUAUCUCUACCAUGACUAUCAGGAUGGGGACACAGACGUGUUUUCAAGGGAGCCGUUUGUGGUUUGGUUCCAGUCGCCCCACACCGCUGUCAAGGACUUCGUGAUUGUUCCCCUGCACACCACCCCGGAGACAUCCGUUAAAGAGAUCGAUGAGUUGGCUGAUGUCUACAAGGAUGUGAAAUGGCGCUGGAAAGCAGAGAAUUUCAUUUUCAUGGGUGACUUCAAUGCUGGCUGCAGCUACGUCCCCAAGAAGGCCUGGAAAAACAUUCGUUUAAGAACUGAUCCCAGUUUCGUCUGGUUGAUUGGGGACCAAGAGGACACCACAGUUAAGAAGAGCACCAACUGCGCAUAUGACAGGAUUGUGCUUCGAGGGCAAGAGAUAGUCAACUCUGUGGUUCCCAAAUCGAAUAGUGUCUUUGACUUCCAGAAAGCCUACGAAUUGUCCGAAGAGGAGGCCCUGGAUGUCAGUGAUCACUUUCCAGUUGAAUUUAAACUACAGACUUCAAGGGCCUUCACGAACAACAAAAAAUCUAUUGCUCCAAAGAGAAGAAAAAAGACCAAACGCUCUUAAAUACAAAGGCACCAUUUUAUUAACCAUUUCUUGCCUCUAAAUUAAAUGCUUCUAACAGUUAUUAACUACUUUCUGCACACUCUAGAAAUAUGACUGGUCCAGCUGCUUUCACUUUCCACUUGAGUUAAUUCUGCCUUGAGUCAAAUUGAGAGGAGAAUCUUCCGCCAUCCCUUCUGGCUCAUACCUCCCAUGAACUGUCCUAAAGGAAACUUUGGUCUUUGUAAUGCAAAAGAAUGACCUUAGCUCCCAGAGCUAGAGCCCCCUUGUCACUGGUCCUGUAUUCAACCCUGCUCUGCAGGAGGCUACAGGGAAAUGACAGAUAGCUUUCAGUCCGCAUUUCUAGGAAAUGAGCAGAAAUGCCAAGGCCCCAACUGCACCCCAUGUUUUUGGCAAUGCACCCCAUUACUUGGGUUUAAAAUCAUAUCUUCAGUCUGAAGUCAGGUCACCAUCACAUCUUACAGGGAUGGAUAAGGCCACUCCCACCUGUUCUCCCUACCUCCAAACUGACCUCCUUCAAGUCAGCGAGUGCAGUAAGCAACAAUGUCAUCCUCUGAUGUACCAUUCAGACCACAGCUCAUCCCCAUUCUUAUCCCCUGCCUAUACUCCUUCAGGGGCUCUCAUCAGCAUGAGUUCAGUCUUUGGACACCAUGAAGGUCUCUAUUAGCUGGCAUCUGACAUCACCUUGCACUGUGUGCUCCAGCAAGACAGCCCUUCCCUGCCCAUCCUAUGCUCUCCCUCCCUCCAAGCCGUGGCUCCAUCCUGUGUGCCCUGCCCUGUCCCAAAGACUGGAUUAAGGGCCCUAGACCCCACAUCCUAUGCCUUCAUUGCAACAUUUACCACAUUGGAUUUGUCACCAAGGCAGUACUAGAGCUCCUUGGGGGUCCUAUUGUGACAGAGGCCCUGUUGGCUGACUGGGACUUGAUUUUUUCAGCAAAUGUGCACAGCAACAUGGAACCACUUUUGCCUUUACCAAGAUGCCCAUUUUUAUAUGUU